AUGACCUCCCCCCAGGCGACAUACAACCUGCGUUCCCGUCGAGAAGUGGGCAGCUCAGAGUCUAGCGACGCCUCGAAGGUACCAUCCUCACUUUGGAACACUGGCACCAAGUCGUCCCAGACCGAUUCCACCGCCGAAUCCCCAAUAUCACCAAUAACCCGCGUUCUUUCGGAAUCAGUGGACACAUCAAUCCACCCGACUACACUCGCAACCGCGUAUACGCUGGAUUCCCCUUCACUCGAAGAACUCGCCGGGCAAAUCGAGCUUUUGAAACAGCAACUUGCGUCACCCUCCCCUCCAUCAAGCCAGUACAUCCUGGUCAUCAAUAUCCCUCACUAUCUAUUCUCCACACUCGAGCACGAGCCUGACCUUUUCAAAGGUGUUCGUGCCACCAUUUUCCACCAGAAAUCUCAGGUCCUGUACAAGGUCAUGACAGGAUUACAACACGAGCAAAUGAUUGGCUCGUUCCAAGCGUGGAUCUGCGAGACACUUAUUCGGAUGGGCCUUAGUUUGAUCGAAGGAGAUUUUGUCUUCCGCCAAUCGGCCCGCACACGCGGCCACACCAGCAGCAAAGAGCCGGACUUCUGGUUCGGACCAAACAACGUCCAUAUAAACGGGGGCGGUUCUGGUGUGCCGUCGCUCGCUCUCGAAGUGGGUUUCUCGGAGUCCAGCCCCCAACUUCACAAUGAUGCCCGUUGGUGGUACGCCAACUCCAAUGGCCUCACCCGCAUAGCGGUCCUUAUCCACGCUAACAAACCCCCCGGCAACGACUGGAUCGUUGAUAUCGAAGUGUGGACCGAGGAGAAUAAUGAUCAUGAGGGUCCGGCCACCAGAGACCGACCCACAAACACCAUCAAGCGAACACAACAUGCACACAUCGAGAAUGAUGUUGUGACCGGUGCACCAUUGGUCCUGGAUUUCCAGACUUUGAUGUGCCGCCCCCCCGCAAACCCCCAGGAAGGAGAUUUGGUGUUGAAUGAACGGUGGAUUAGAGCCAUCUGUGCAAAGGUGGUGGUGACUUGA